UACAGUUUCUGCUAGUGAAAACUUGCAGAGUCAGUGAGGCAGCAAACAAAAAAUUGGCAAGGACAAUGUCGGUAAUGCCUAGUAAUUUAUCACUCAAUGGGACGAGCUUCUUUGCUGAAAAUCGCAGCGUUAUGGAUAAGCCUAAUGAGCAGAGAACUUCAAACGUCUUUCUCUUCUGCUUGACUUUUAUCAUUACAUUCACAGCACUUCUGGGCAGCAUUUAUUCACUAGUUUUCCUGCUGAAAAUGCAGAACAAAACCACGGUGUCAAUGAUCGUGACCUCACUGUCAAUAGAUGAUUUGAUCAGCAUUGUGCCAGUGAUUAUUUUCAUGCUCACCCAGUGGUCAAGUGAUGUGCUCCCCCAGCCUCUGUGCUCCACCUCAGCACUUAUAUAUUUAUUCCAGGGCAUUUCUAGCAACCUGAAAGCAUCUCUUAUAGUUUCUUACAACUUCUACACCGUCAACAAAACUGUGACAAUGAGCCGCAGCACUUCCAAACGACCAGUGAGCAUGACGUGGGCCAUUCUCACCAUUUGGAUUGUCAGUUUGCUAAUCUGCAUUUUGCCUCUCUGUGGCUGGGGCAACUACAUCCCCACCUCAUGGGGCUGCUUCAUUGACUGUGCCAGUUCCUACAUCUUGUUUUUAUUUAUUGUCUACUCGCUGUGCUUUUGCCUCCUCACAGUGCUUUCUGUCCCUCUAACUUACCAGCUCUUGUGUUCAGAUGAGCAACAGCAGUUAUGCAUUGAUUACCAGGAAAUCUCUCGAGGCUAUGUCACCCCUGUGACAUCUGCAGGCUGCAGUACUGCUACCCCAUCUCUGUCACCAGAGGACCCUGUGGAUAAAACCCUGAAGCACUUCCAAAAUGUGUGUGCCAGCUCAGAGGCAGUUUUCGGGAAAGGUGUGGCUGAGAGCAGUGGACUCAAGCCCCGUUGCAUGAACAACAUACAGAGCAGGAGCUUCAGAGUGGGAUUUGCCCAGAAACGAUUCUCGCUGAUUCUCGCAUUGACAAAAGUCAUUCUCUGGCUUCCAAUGAUGGUACAGAUGGUUGUCCAGCACAUCAUUGGUUUCCGAAGCCUUUCAUUCGAGACACUUAGCUUUCUGCUGACUUUGCUGGCUGCCACAGUCACCCCGAUAUUUGUCCUGUCAGAACACUGGAUCCACCUGCCCUGUGGCUGCAUCAUUAACUGCAGGAGGAAUGUGUAUGCUGUGUCUUCGGAAGAACUCAAAACCAAACGGAGAGGUUUUGAGUUCAGCUUGUCUUUCCAGCAAGGUUAUGGAAUCUACAAAAUAUCCCAUGAAAACCACCACCAUGAUGAUGGUGAUAAAUCUGUGUCCUAUCACAACUUGGUGAGCUAUGAUUUUGAAAGCUCCAAGGAGCCCCAGAAAGCAAGCGACGAUGCCCCCGCGUGCGGGAGCGCAGAGUUCAGCACCGCGGCCGUGGCGGACAGCUCCAGCCUGGCUGCCGGCCGCAGCGGCGUGCGCCUGGCGGGCACGGAGAUCGGGCAAGAUCCUGGCGCGGACACGAACCUGGACCGUCUGCUUUCUGACAAAUUAGGAGUCUUUAAAAGAGAAGAGGCCAGCAAUUUUGAUAAGUCAACUCUUUUUGAAGGACCGGAGAGAAGAUUGUCUCAUGAGGAAAGCCAUAAACCUGAGCUCACAGAUUGGGAAUGGUGCAGGAGCAAAUCAGAGAGGACCCCUCGGCAGCGCUCAGGUGGUGCCUUAGCUAUUCCUUUGUGUGCAUUUCAAGGAACUGUAUCUCUUCAAGCACCCACGGGAAAAACCCUCUCUUUAUCUACAUACGAGGUAAGCACUGAGGGGCAAAAAAUAACACCCACGUCAAAGAAAAUUGAAGUAUAUCGAUCUAAGAGUGUUGGUCAUGAGCCAAACCCAGAGGAGUCCCCUAAUACGUUUGCUGACACAAGUGUUAAAAUUCAUUUAGAAGUUCUUGAAAUUUGUGACAAUGAAGAGGCCCUGGAUACUGUGUCAAUCAUCAGUAAUAUCAGCCAGUCCUCCACACAGGUAAGGUCUCCAUCCUUACGGUAUUCACGGAAAGAAAACAGGUUUGUUUCAUGUGAUUUAGGGGAAACUGCCUCCUACUCACUCUUCAUACCAUCAAACAAUCCUGACAGCGAUAUUAACAUAUCAAUUCCAGACACUGUCGAAGCGCAUCGGCAGAAUAGUAAAAAGCAACAUAUGGAAAGAGAUGGUUAUCAGGAGGAAAUACAAAUGUUGAAUAAAGCAUACAGAAAACGUGAAGAAGAUGGCAACAAUUAAAAGACAUUUAAUCUAGACAUUUAAACUGGUUUGACAGACACUGCUCCUCUUGACUCAAGUUGUCCUAAAAAAUACAAAGACAACUGUUUUUUCCUAAUAUAUAAAGUACUUUUGUGUUGGUCGACUGUUAAAUAGAUCAAAACUUUUAAUUGCAUAUAGAUGGGAAAACAGAAAUACUUAAGUGCUUUACAGCUUUGCAUAGUGAAUUUCAAGUUAUUUAUAUAUCUAUUUAUUUGAUGAACACUCAUGUCUAAAAAAGAAUUCUAAAUAAAGUCUUAGAAAACUGCUUUGGUUGCUUGUUGGCACUGGGUGGCCUGUCUGUGGGAACCUGUGGAAAAUAAUGGAAAAACUCCACCCAAGUGAAGUUUUAACAGUUUUGACUGACUGUUGCAAUUCUUCUCUUACUGCUGUGCAAGACUUGAAACAUUUAUCUGCAAAAAUGUAGCAAAAGCUUAAGACUAACUUAUUUAUUUGACUGUGCAAAGGAUUAAAAGACAACUAAGUGAUUUAGGUUUCUACUGUUCUGUAUGUGAUUCAUAUGUAAUACCUAUGUAACUGGCCACUGUUAGAUCUUUGAAUACAGAUGGCUGAAAUGUAAGCAUGCACAUUCUGUAAAUACGUCAUCAUGAAACUUAA